AUGUCUGAACCAAAUAAUCCGUUUGUGGGUCUGCUGGGAGUAACAGAAGCUAAGUCAACAGAGGGGUCUAAUUUUGAUCCGACCCAAGCAUCAAUAGACAUACAGAAUGUACAAGGUGACGAACAGCUUCUUGUAAUUAACAAUAUAAUUGAGAAUGUUUUCUUUUUCACUGUCAACCCUAAUGCUGCGGAUAAAAGUCCUGAAAGGCAAUUGGUAUAUCUCGAAGAACUUGCCCAGGCUAUGAACCCAAGAAUACAUAUUGAUCUAGAAGCUCUAGAGCAAGCCCUUUUUGAAAGGCUAUUACUACAAGACAUAGAGCAGCAAGUCAUACCAAAAGGAAGUACAGUAUUCAAAGAGCAUGUUAUCCAGAGACAAGUAUUUCCAUAUUUAUUUAGCUCGAUGGAAAACAUCAACAGUUACAGCCAUAUUAACACACCGUAUGUCCAAGAUGCUUUAAACAGGAUGAAGGAAUUGAUAUUCCGGAAUGCUGUCACAGCAUUAAAGCAGCCUGCGCUUUUUGAGGGUCAGGAUUUUGCCGAGCAACUUGUAGAAAUAUUACGACAGAUUGUUCAACAGAGUCCUACAUUUUUCUUGGACUUAGUGAAAUCAUUUGUAGCUGAAGGAGAUCAUGAAUGUAAAAAACAGCUGAAAGAUACUAUGAUUCCAGUAUUAAGGAAAAUUUACAUAGAUAUCAAUAAAUCUAAUUUGAUUAACCUGCCUAUUUAUGUUCUACCAUCUGUACAACUAUUUGCAAGCGAUCCAAAUUUAGCUCCAAUAUUAAUGGAUGCUUGUGAGCCAAAAAAUGAAAUGAGUGGAAGGUUCUUCCAAGAUAAUAUUAUGGGAGGUCUACUAGCAUUAUCAGUUCUACCUCGCUCCAAUAAUGGCUUGCCAGAUUAUUUUGACAACCCUAUGGACCAGGCUGCAACAUCACUAAUUGAAUCAUCACUAUGGAAUGCAACAUCACAUUUAACUAAUUAUAUGCAUAAAAUAUUUUUGAGCUUACUAAAAGGUGGGCCGGAAUUGAAGAAUCGGUUAUUGACAUGGAUUGGAAAAUGUUUAAAAUUUAAUUCUGCUAGAGGAAAGCUUUGGAAUGUUCAGACAAGUGACAUAGGCAUGACAAAUUGUGUCUCCGAUGGCUUCAUGCUUAAUCUCGGUGCUGUGUUACUACAUCUGUGUCAACCGUUCUGCAACACAGCUGAUGAUCCAAAGGCACUUAAGAUUGAUCCAACAUAUGGUGCUGUGUCUCCAGAGGAGGCUCCUUCCAAGUCUGUGCACCUCAGUCUUCACAGUGAGACCUGCCUACUACCAGCUCGUGAAGCCGACGAUGGAACGCCUAUCAAACGCCCAACGGCUGAAACAUACAACUUCGUCACCGAAUGCUUCUUCAUGACCCAGAAGUGUAUCGAUUUAGGUGUCCGUGUGUGUGCUGAGAAGAUGUGGCGUAUAGGUCAGGAGGUGGGUCGAGCUCAGCGCGCGCUGUCUGAUGCUGGACCAGCCAGGAUAAUGGAACCGAUGAGACAGAGAGCUACAUUCCUUAUGACGAAAUUUGUCACAUUCCGCUGUGGUCUUCUUGAGAAGAAGAUGCUGGCCAACCUCCACCGUCUGCAGGCUACCACCUGCACGUGGCUGGUGCAAGUAGCUGCACGUGCUACCACCGUCGGGAAUUACGCACCAAACACUAUGAUGCAAAUAGACAUGCCAAUUACUACCCCACCGCCUGAUACAUUGAGAUGCAUUCCAGAGUUUGUAUUGGAGAAUGUUGUUGUAUUGAUAACAAUGUCCCGUCGUACUGUGGGCGCUAUCAGCGACGAGGCGGACAUGGCCGGGUUAUUACAACCCGCCCUCACACUUGUAUUGACAUUCAUGGGUGAUUCUACACGGACAUACAACCCGCAUUUGAGGGCACGUUUGGCUGAAUGUCUGGAAGCAAUGUUGCCGAACCAUCCUGAUGAUCAACAGCCACUUAGUAACAUCGCCUCCUUCUACAGAGAGCAAUUGUUCAAAGAACAUCCACACAGACUUCAGCUGGUAACUUGUCUUCUGGACGUGUUCGUCGGUAUUGAGAUGACCGGCCAGAGCGUUCAGUUUGAACAGAAGUUUAACUACCGCCGGCCGAUGUACCUGGUCAUGGACUUCCUGUGGGGUAUAGAGGAGCAUAGAGACGCCUUCACACGACUCGCAAGAGAAGCUGAGGCGAACAUGGAAGCUGUUCAUCCACCGAUAUUCCUUCGUUUCGUUAAUCUAUUAAUGAACGAUGCUAUCUUCCUUUUGGACGAGGCUCUUGGAAAUAUGGCCCAGUUAAGAAACAUGCAAACGGCACAGGAAGCAGGCAGGUGGAUGAACCUGACAAGUGCUGAACGUGAACAGAACUUAGCCAAUAUGUCCCACACUGGUAUGCUAGCGAGGUUCGACAACAUACUUGGGCGUGACACUGUACGCACGCUCGUCAAACUAACAUCACACGCCCCAUACGUGUUCUGUCAUCCGACUCUGGUUGAACGCAUCGCAUCUAUGCUGAACUAUUUCCUAUUACAUCUAGUUGGACCGAAUAAGAAGAACUUUAAGGUUAAAGACAUGAAGGACUACGAAUUUGAACCUGCGAACACAGUACUGGACAUAUGUCGUAUGUACGUGCAACUCGGGAGUAAUGAGAGAUUCUGUGCCGCCGUGUCAGAUGAUGGAAGAUCAUACUCGCCUCAGCUGUUCAAAUUAGCUGAAGAUGUUCUAGUUCGCAUCGGUGGUGGAGGUCUCAUAACAUCUCUCCAAGAAGUGGCAGCCCGUGUGAGCACAUUAGCUGAACAACGUCAACGCGAUGAAGAGAUCCUAGCCAAUGCUCCCGAGGAAUUCCUGGAUCCCAUAAUGAGCACCAUAAUGAGGGAUCCCGUCAUCCUGCCAAGCUCAAGGACGACAGUCGAUAGAACGACCAUUGCCAGGCAUCUCCUAAGUGAUCAAUCAGACCCAUUCAAUCGUUCACCGCUGUCUAUGGAUCAAGUGAAAUCAAACACAGAACUAAAGGAGCGUAUAGAAGCUUGGAUUGCAGAACAGAAACAAAAUAUCACUAAACCUGAUACUGCUACAUAA